AUGGCGGCUCACGCUCGACAAUUCAAUUGGUAUAAUUUUUGGAUCUGCUGGCUGGUCUCGCUUGGCCAGAUAGCGUUUGGCUAUCCUGCCUCCAUCAUUAGUACGACCCUUGGCGAACCAAGCUUUCUGGUGUAUAUGAAAUUGCUGGACCCGACAACGGGGUUGCCGUCGAGCGAUGCAGACCAACUCGAAGGUGCCAUGUCUGGCGUUUUCCAGGCAGGAGCCUUUUUCGGCAUCAUGAUCGUGAGCUAUAUAAUGGACAAGUGGGGCAGAAAGGCGGGUGUCAUCUUCUGCUCGUUCUGGUCCCUCCUAGGCGGCGCUUUGAUCUGCGGUUCGAAAAGCUCGGCCAUGUUCAUUGUCGCAAGGUUCUUCGCAGGAAUGGGAAGCUGGGGCUAUCUUGCAGUCACACCGGCGUACAGCGCUGAGCUUGCUCCACCCGCACUCCGCGGUUUCUUCGUAGGACUCAACGGAGUAAAUAUCGCCGUCGGUUACUCGUUAGCAGCCUAUACUGGUAUGGGCUUCUUCUACGUGAAAGGGGCCCAAGCUCAGUGGCGUGGUCCAUUGGGCAUCGCUCUUUUCUUCCCUAUCGUGAUGCUUGUGAUGCUCCCGUUCAUCCCAGAAAGUCCCAGAUACCUGCUCAUGAAAGGCCGCGUGGAGGAGGCGGAGAAGACUGUACUGAGACUCCACGCCGUCCCGGGGGAUGACGACCAAGAAUUUGCACGGGGCGAGUUCUACCAAAUGCAGAAGCAAGCCGAGUUCGAUCGAACCUUGUCAUGGGACGUUUUCUUCAAGAAGUCCUAUCGCCGGCGAACCAUGCUAGCGGUUGGCUUCGCCUUCGUGGGCCAGUCAACGGGCGUGCUCGUUAUCAAUAACUACGGUCCAACGCUGUACAAGAGUCUCGGCUACGGCACGGAGGACCAACUCCGGCUUCAGUGCGGUUGGAUCACCACUGCUAUUAUCGGAAAUGCAAUUGGAGCAACUUUCAUGGACCGAGUUGGCCGAAAGCCUCUGAUGCUCUUUGGGGUUGGCGGAUGCUGCUUCUGGCUCAUUAUUGAAGCAGCCAUUGUCGCCAACUUUGCCGGGACCGACAACACCUCCGCUUUGGCCAUGGGUGUCGCAGCGUUAUUCCUGUUCGAGGUUGUCUACAGUUGUGGAGUCGACGUGGCCGGGAUAGUGUUCUACAGCGAGUUAUUUCCAAACCACCUGCGAGCGAAAGGUGUUUGUCUGUCCAUGGCCGUGGUUGCGCUCACCGACCUUGUGUAUUUACAGGUCACAGCCACUGCAUUUGCCAACAUCGGUUGGAAGUUCUACCUGGUCUUUAUCAUCGUGUGCGGCCUCGGGACCAUCACCAUGUAUUUCCUGCUUCCCGAAACGAAGGGUGUCCCCCUCGAGGAAGUGGCCAAGCUCUUUGGCGACACCGACACGAUCAUGGUCUACGCGGCAGACAUCCACAUGGACCACAACACCCACGAGCUUGUCGUCAGCGGUAGAGAGUGCGUCUCAACACACCCUGCCACCGUGGUUGACAUGUCCAAGAGCGCUACAAUCACCACCGAGAAGGGAGAAGAGGCGCCCCACGCCGAGCAAGUCUAA